GUGAGCAUUUUACAUGGAAAAUACAUUGCACAUUAGAGCAGAGGUCGCCAUACUCAUUUAUCAUCUCUGUACCAAAAGUGCUGCCGAAACCAAACCCCCUGGAAUCCAUACUCCUGCAGCAUCACUGCUUCUUCAGUGUCUGAAGCUGACAGCGGUAUAUCUGUCAGAAGGGGAAGUAUCACAGUCUUUUGUCACAUUUUCUUGUUAGGCAAGCACUGAUAAAAGGUGUGUCAUGCCUACUCCAGGAAAAAAAAAAAAUGUUUAGCACUCCUCCUUCUUAGAAAUACUGUCAAAGCCACCAACUUUCCACAUCUUCCUUCCCUCCCACACUGUAUGCAGACAUCACUGUGUUAAAACAAAACCAACCAAGACAAAACAACAAGUCAUGAAAGAAAGAAAGAGAACAAACAAAGAGCCUGCAGCGCUGCCAGAUUAUACAACAGCAGUUCCCACUGGGGUUAACUUGGAUGACUUGCCACACUAAGGCCAGUGGGUUUGCUGAGAGCAUGCAGAGGCUCCUGCAUGAGGAGCAGGGCCAGGACCAGGAUGAGGUAGGCAGACCACAAAGACAGCUUACUUCCUCUGCUGUAGCCUUCCUUUGCUCAUGUAGUCCACCUCUGGUCACUGCCUCUGCUGAAGAUAGUAGGCACGGAGCAACUCCAGCAGCUCUCAAAAUCAAGCCUUUGCCUCCAUAAAAAUGAGACAAUCUCAGCUUUUCCCUAAAUGUUAUAGGAGAGAGAUUGGCUUGCCAUUAUAUUUGGUUGUUAAAUAGCAUGUGCAUCUAUGCUAUGAAAAAGUCCUGCCUUUUACCUUCCUGGAGUGCAGAGGAAUGUCAUAGUUUUCUUUCCUUGCUGCUGUUUCUCAGCACAACUUGCUCAUGCCUCAAAAGAAUGAAGUGACACUGCAUGCAUGUGUGCUCAGCGCCUGAAAUUCAGCUGACACAGCACACACUCCAUAUCCUCCCCUCCAUGUGCCUUCUCUGCUAAAAAAAACACGUGUAUGAUCAUGAGGGAGAAGAGAAAAAAAGAGAUCCCUUAAGCUAGUGGGUAAGGAAUGUGCGCCGUGCUGUGCAUGAAUGUCUGAUGUUUCCAACUAUUUGUUAAAAGGCAACAGCAAUGCUUCCGACAGAUGUCCCUCCCCUCGCCUGCAAUAGGCUCCCAAGAAUAGCAACAGCCUGUGUCACUGCAAAGGGCAAAGCCUUCUGAAAUAGCAACAAAGUUGUGCACAAACCACUUUGCGGUCCGCAUUUGGUUUCAGCCAGCUCCAGCAACUUGUUGCAAUGACGAAAAUCAUCUGGGCUUUCCUGUCCGGUCUGGGAAAGACAGCCACCUUCUGAGAGGCUUCCAGCUGAGGCGACGAUGGCACCCGUGCAGAGUGCAGAGGAGCUGGGCCAGCAGUGCCAGGCGAUGAAAGCAGGGGAGGAUGAGGAAGGUGGCAGAGGCAGCGGGCACCUCCGCCAGUUGCCAGCUGCAGCAGGCUGUGGAACAUUUACUUUACUAUCUUCUGCCAUUGCUGCUGUAAGUGGACUUCUAAUGGGUUAUGAGUUGGGCCUUAUCUCUGGAGCUCUUCUUCAGAUGAGUAGCAUAUUAGCACUCUCUUGCAAAGAGCAGGAAAUUGUUGUGAGUUCCCUUCUUUUUGGGGCCUUAUUUGCAUCACUUACUGGUGGAUUCCUGAUUGAUCGUUUUGGAAGGAGAUUUGCUAUCAUUAUUGCAUCAUCUCUACUUGUGAUGGGAAGUCUGAUUUUACUGCCCCAUGAAUCAUAUGGAAUACUUAUUGUGGGACGAAUUGCCAUAGGUAUUUCCAUAUCAUUAUCAUCAAUUGCGACAUGUGUGUAUAUUGCUGAGAUUGCCCCGCAGCACAGAAGAGGCCUUCUCGUUUCGUUAAAUGAACUCAUGAUUGUGAUAGGAAUUCUCUUUGCCUAUAUUUCAAAUUAUGCAUUUGCCACCGUAUCUCAUGGCUGGAAGUAUAUGUUUGGCCUUGUAAUUCCAUUAGGUGCCUUGCAGGCUAUUGCCAUGUAUUUCCUUCCACCAAGUCCACGUUUUCUUGUCAUGAAAAAUAAUGAUGAAGCUGCAAGAAAAAUACUGGAGAGGCUACGGGAAACUUCAGAUGCUACUAAAGAACUCACUGUGAUCAAGUCUUCCUUGAAAGAUGAACAUCAGUAUAGUUUCGUGGAUCUGUUUCGUUCAAAGAACAACAUGAGGGCCCGAAUGCUGGUAGGGCUCACGCUAGUCUUUUUUGUGCAAACAACUGGGCAACCUAAUAUUUUAUUUUAUGCAUCAACUAUUCUGAAGUCAGUUGGGUUUCAGAGCAAUGAAGCUGCCAGCUUGGCUUCUACUGGAGUUGGAGUGGUUAAAGUGGUCAGCACAGUUCCAGCCACAGUUUUUGUGGAUAAAGUUGGAAGUAAAACUUUUCUGUGUAUUGGCUCUUCUGUUAUGGCAAUAUCAUUGGUCACUAUGGGCUUAGUGAACCGUAACAUACACAUGAAUUUCACCAGUAUCUGUAGAAGCCAGUCUCCAGAGGAUACCUAUCAGAGUACAGGAAACCUCACUGGUGUCACCAAUGGGAGCCUCAGGGACCUCUUUUCUAGUAUGGCUUUACCAGAAAGACUCUUAUUCGACAUACAGAGAAAUCUUGAUGUCACCAGGACAGGAGAACUGAACAGGACUACCCCAGCAGGAGGCAAAAGCAUGAUGGGGUCUCACACAGAGAGUGGGGAGGUUUCUGUUGUCCUGAAAUGGGUCUCGCUGGCCAGCCUGCUUGUUUACGUUGCUGCAUUUUCCAUAGGUCUUGGACCAAUGUCUUGGCUGGUCCUGAGUGAAAUUUUCCCUGGUGGGAUCAGGGGACGGGCCAUGGCUUUGACAUCUAGCAUGAACUGGGGAAUAAACCUUCUCAUUUCCUUGACAUUUUUGACUGUCACUGAGCUUAUUGGCUUGUCCUGGGUGUGUUUCAUUUACACAGUAAUGAGCCUAGCAUCCUUGGCGUUUGUUAUUGUGUUUAUACCAGAGACGAAAGGAUGCUCGUUGGAGCAAAUAUCCAUGGAACUGGCUAAAGAUAAAUACACAAAGACCCCCUUGUGCUGGAUGAGCCAGCGCAGGGAGAAGCUGGUGCCAGUGGAACUACCCAACAGGGAGAAAGAACAGUUCUACUAGAGCUGAGGCAACCAAGGCAGCCUUUGCCAAAAGACUGACUCCGAGAAAAAAAAAAUACUGACACUACAAUGGGACAUAUGGUAUCUUUGUUAUACACAAGAUAAUCUCUCUCUUAUUUCUUAGUAGAGCUUCUUUCAAUGGUAGUUUAUGGCCAGCAUUAAAGAUUGUUGUAGUUUGUAA